AUGAAGUUUGUUUCCGUCUUCCUCGUUCUGUUUAUCUUCUUCCUCGUCGUUCUUGAGGCCCCGGAGAAGAUAGAAGCCAAAGACGACAAGUUCAUAUGUGUGGUUGAGUAUGGAGGAGACGUGGGUCCAACGUUCUGUAACCCUAAAUUCUUCCCCACGUUGUGCCGUCAAAACUGCCGGAGCUUCAAAGGUGCCAAAGGCGGUAAAUGCGUGAAGCAACCCAAACACAAACAUAUCAAGUGCUUCUGCGACUACUGUAAAGACGACUAG